GUCCAGUUUGAGUGUUUUUUGCAGCUUGUUCCAGUCGCUAGCUGCAGAUCGGUCAAUCAGUGCUAGAGGAGUAGAGUUUUAAGGGAUUUUCACAAAAUUCUAAAUGCCGGAAAAUCCAUCAAACCGGACUUUAUGGGUUCUUGAGGGAAAUGUGUUCCUUGUGAGGAGAGGGACCUAUGGACCACAUUUCAUGACUCUAGGUCACACCGGGUGCGGGGGCUGAACUUUAAAAGUUAGCAUAUUCAAUUGCUUGUUAUAGCGCCACCAUGUGGCCAAUUGGCAUAGUAUUGCAUGAGAGGGUGUGGCCCUUUGUCCUUUACCACGUUGCUAUGUUGCCCAUUUCUGGGCCUUAUCAUCUCACGGGAAUUUGCUUUUUUUUCACCAAAACGGCAGAAAAAUCUAAAUAAUAAUAAGAAUAAUGAACUGGAACAAAAACAACAGGGGUUCUAUUCUAUCAGGCAACAAUCCGGUUAUCCUUCACAGACCGAAUCAACACCGCCACCUUGUGUUCAGAUCAUGGAAUCAUCUGAAGACGUAAUACAAAGCAGAAUAAACGGUGCUGAUGUGAUUAACUCGGGGAACCGAAUGAGCGAUUACCAUCUAUCGUCAAGUAUCCUAGAGGAGUAGGAACUAGGCUAGAAUAUCUAUCGCCAAGUAUCCUAGAUGAGUAGGAACUGGGCUAGAGCGAGUGGAAUCUCGGUUGUGUUUCCUGAAGACUUGCUCACUUGAUCAGGUAGUAAGUUACUUUGUAUCAAGGAUGUAGCCAACUGCUUUCUACAAAGGCCUGCUUGGAUGCAACACCUCCAAUAUUCUUUCCAGGGUAGACUGCUGGAUUUGUAUUGUAGAUAUGCUGCUGUUCAGUCGCUGUUUUUGGUCAGAUGUGGCCAGACAUUACGGACAAGAUGGAGGCUACAGCUCCUGGAGGCGUACAGUAUAAUAGCAGAGUGUUGCGUUAAUACCGAUAUCCGUGUUUCCGGAGGGGACACCUGCACUCUCCAACUUCACACUAAGCGGGCCUAUUCUUAAUGCACAUAUCAUAGGCCUGUUUAUUAGGCUAUUGGACAGCGUGAUGAAGAAGAAAUAGGAAUUCGGUUCAAUUAUUGUUUCUUCCAAAUCGGAGUCAUGCUGCCAUUUCAUUUGUAGGCUACCCCAUCGAAGAGAGAGUGUAGGUUUAGUAUAGUCUUCAACAGCCUACAUCCCCUUAAUACUGUAUGGUCACAAAGCCGUCCGUUCCAGCCGGUGGUCAGCAGAAUGACUGAUCCAAGCAGCAACACGGACUUUAUGGCUGCCUACUCCGGUAUCACCAGACCAAAUGGAGCUGGCUGUGGGUUACCUCGUCGGACCGUGCUGAACUCUCCCCCUCCUCACGGCAGACUGACGUCCCUGCGGUCCCGGGACCUGACUCUGGGCGGGUUCAAAAAGAAAACCUUCGUACCCAAUGUCCAUUCUCUGAGGAAGAGUAAAGAUGAGUUAAAGGAAGAGGCCCAUGUUGCACCAAAGGACAGAAGAGAGAGGGAGGAGAGGCACAGGGAGAGCAGAGUGGAGAGAAGAGAGCGCCCCCCUCAGACCAUUCAGUCCCACUCCAUCUUUGAACAGGGUCCUGCAGGCACAAUAAGGAAAGCAGGGGGGUGGCGAGGGACCGACCUGAGAGACAGCGGAUCCUCUCCUGGAGCCAAGUGUUUUAAGAAGGAGAGACGCGCCUCAGAGGAAGACGAUAAUGACAUGUUACAGAAGCUUCAACGGGAUGAUUUUUUGGAUGAUCCUGGUUUGAAAAAUAAUGCCAAGAACAGGCCGAUUCAACUGCCACUGUAUCAAUCCAGCAACUUCCUGAAAACAGAGGCAAUAACAACUCCAUGGUUCAGAGCCUCUGCUGCUACUGGCCCAGACCAGCCCCUUCAGUACGGACCAGGCCAGGGGGUCCUGAGCCCAGACCAGCCCCUUCAGUACGGACCAGGCCAGGGGGUCCUGAGCCCAGACCAGCCCCUUCAGUACGGACCAGGCCAGGGGGUCCUGAGCCCAGACCAGCCCCUUCAGUACGGACCAGGCCAGGGGGUCCUGAGCCCAGACCAGCCCCUUCAGUACGGACCAGGCCAGGGUACGGACCAGGCCAGGGGUCCUGAGCCCAGACCAGCCCCUUCAGUACGGACCAGGCCAGGGGUCCUGAGCCCAGACCAGCCCCUUCAGUACGGACCAGGCCAGGGGGUCCUGAGCCCAGACCAGCCCCUUCAGUACGGACCAGGCCAGGGGGUCCUGAGCCCAGACCAGCCCCUUCAGUACGGACCAGGCCAGGGGGUCCUGAGCCCAGACCAGCCCCUUCAGUACGGACCAGGCCAGGGGGUCCUGAGCCCAGACCAGACCCCUCAGUACGGACCAGGCCAGGGGGUCCUGAGCCCAGACCAGCCCCUUCAGUACGGACCAGGCCAGGGGGUCCUGAGCCCAGACCAGCCCCUUCAGUACGGACCAGGCCAGGGGGUCCUGAGCCCAGACCAGACCCCUCAGUACGGACCAGGCCAGGGGGGUCCUGAGCCCAGACCAGCCCCCUUCAGCCAGGGGGUCCUGAGCCCAGACCAGACCCCUCGGUACGGACCAGGCCAGGGGGUCCUGAGCCCAGACCAGCCCCCUCAGUACGGACCAGGCCAGGGGGUCCUGAGCCCAGACCAGACCCCUUCAGUACGGACCAGUCCAGGGGGUCCUGAGCCCAGACCAGCCCCUUCGGUACGGACCAGGCCAGGGGGUCCUGAGCCCAGACCAGCCCCCUCAGUACGGACCAGGCCAGGGGGUCCUGGGCCCAGACCAGACCCCUCGGUACGGACCAGGCCAGGGGGUCCUGAGCCCAGACCAGACCCCUCAGUACGGACCAGUCCAGGGGGUCCUGAGCCCAGACCAGACCCCUCAUACGGACCAGGCCAGGGGGUCCUGAGCCCAGACCAGACCCUUCAGUAUAGACCAGUCCAGGGGGUCCUGAGCCCAGACCAGACCCUUCAGUACGGACCAGGCCAGGGGGUCCUGAGCCCAGACCAGCCCCUUCAGUACGGACCAGGCCAGGGGGUCCUGAGCCCAGACCAGACCCUUCAGUACGGACCAGGCCAGGGGGUCCUGAGCCCAGACCAGACCCCUCGGUACGGACCAGGCCAGGGGGUCCUGAGCCCAGACCAGACCCCUCAGUACGGACCAGGCCAGGGGGUCCUGAGCCCAGACCAGCCCUCUGUAGCAGAGCUCUUCCACCAGCUGACGGUUUCAGAGACAGAAGAGUUGCUGUUCAUCCAGCUACCUGAUACUAUCCCUGGCCAGCCAACCACAGCAUCCGCCCCGAGCCAGCCAACCACAGCCCCCGGCCAGCCAAUCAUAGCCCCAGAGAAAAAUGCUAAAAAAGACUCCAAGUCCGAUGGCAAGCGCUCCUCUCACAUUAAAGCACCAGACCCUGCUGGUAAAGACGUUCCUGUCCUGUCAGAGUUCACAGAGGGGAUUCUGGGUAAACUACAGAUCAGGAAGUCUGGCAAGGUGCAGCUGCUGCUGGGAGACAUCACUAUGGACAUCUCAGAGGGAGAGGCCUUCCCCUUCCUACAGCAGCUGGUGUCUGUGCGUCUGUCUGAGGGCCUGACUGGAGACAUGAGGAUCCUGGGGAACGUCAAGCACAAGCUGGUCUGCUCUCCAGACCUCCAGGCUCUGCUACAGGAGCCAUCACCUCACCAAUCAGCACAUCUCUAACUCUGCUACAGGAGCCAUCACCUCACCAAUCAGCACAUAUCUAACUCUGCUACAGGAGCCAUCACCUUACCAAUCAGCACAUCUCUAACUCUGCUACAGGAGCCAUCACCUCACCAAUCAGCACAUCUCUAACUCUGCUACAGGAGCCAUCACCUCACCAAUCAGCACAUCUCUAACUCUGCUACAGGAGCCAUCACCUCACCAAUCAGCACAUCUCUAACUCUGCUACAGGAGCCAUCACCUCACCAAUCAGCACAUCUCUAACUCUGCUACAGGAGCCAUCACCUUACCAAUCAGCACAUCUCUAACUCUGCUACAGGAGCCAUCACCUUACCAAUCAGCACAUCUCUAACUCUGCUACAGGAGCCAUCACCUCACCAAUCAGCACAUCUCUAACUCUGCUACAGGAGCCAUCACCUUACCAAUCAGCACAUCUCUAACUCUGCUACAGGAGCCAUCACCUUACCAAUCAGCACAUCUCUAACUCUGCUACAGGAGCCAUCACCUUACCAAUCAGCACAUCUCUAACUCUGCUACAGGAGCCAUCACCUUACCAAUCAGCACAUCUCUAACUCUGCUACAGGAGCCAUCACCUUACCAAUCAGCACAUCUCUAACUCUGCUACAGGAGCCAUCACCUCACCAAUCAGCACAUCUCUAACUCUGCUACAGGAGCCAUCACCUCACCAAUCAGCACAUCUCUAACUCUGCUACAGGAGCCAUCACCUUACCAAUCAGCACAUCUCUAACUCUGCUACAGGAGCCAUCACCUUACCAAUCAGCACAUCUCUAACUCUGCUACAGGAGCCAUCACCUUACCAAUCAGCACAUCUCUAACUCUGCUACAGGAGCCAUCACCUUACCAAUCAGCACAUCUCUAACUCUGCUACAGGAGCCAUCACCUCACCAAUCAGCACAUCUCUAACUCUGCUACAGGAGCCAUCACCUCACCAAUCAGCACAUCUCUAACUCUGCUACAGGAGCCAUCACCUCACCAAUCAGCACAUCUCUAACUCUGCUACAGGAGCCAUCACCUUACCAAUCAGCACAUCUCUAACUCUGCUACAGGAGCCAUCACCUCACCAAUCAGCACAUCUCUAACUCUGCUACAGGAGCCAUCACCUUACCAAUCAGCACAUCUCUAACUCUGCUACAGGAGCCAUCACCUCACCAAUCAGCACAUCUCUAACUCUGCUACAGGAGCCAUCACCUUACCAAUCAGCACAUCUCUAACUCACCUUUUUC